AACUCAAGUUCCCCUUUGAACUGAAGAAGCAUAUCUCAUGUUCUCUUCAAUUGUCUAAUAAGACCGAUGCUUAUGUCGCCUUCAAGGUGAAAACAACCAAUCCGAAGAAGUAUUGGGUUCGUCCGAACACUGGAAUUGUCAUGCCGCGAUCUACUUGUGAUGUUAUGGUUACCAUGCAAGCACAAAAAGAGGCUCCGCCUGAUAUGCAAUGCAAGGAUAAGUUUCUUCUUCAGAUCGUAAAAACUGUUGAUGGUGCUAGUAGGAAGGACAUCACUCCGGAAAUGUUCAACAAGGAGUCGGGGCAUGUGGUCGAGGAGAGAAAAUUGAGAGUGGUGUAUGUUUCUCCUCCUCAAGACAAAUUGGCAGAGGAGCUACUGAAGCGGGAAGGCAACAAAAGUCGUGGAGGUAUCAUAUGUCAUUGGCUUAUUAAUUGGCUUCCUUGGCAUAAUAAUGGGGUACCUCUUGAAGAAGACCUAAGCAGUUCUGUGCUUCAAUUUGAUCGUAGUUUCUUUGUUCCUGACUUUCAAGCAAUUAUGAGAAAAGUGAAAAUAGAGUAAUUCUGCAGAUGUUGAAUUUUCUUUUUC